CCCAAUUCUCCCUCUUUCCAUCAACCCCCCCCCCCCCCCCCCAUUCGCCCGCUUUCCAUCACCCCGCCCCAUUCUCCCGCUUUCCAUCACCCCGCCCCAUUCUCCCUCUUUCCAUCACCCCGCCCCUUUCUCCCUCUUUUCAUCACCCCGCCCCAUUCUCCCGCUUUCCAUCACCCCGCCCCAUUCUCCCUCUUUCCAUCACCCCACCCCAUUCUCCCGCUUUCCAUGACCCCGCCCCAUUCUCCCUCUUUCCAUCACCCCGCCCCAUUCUCCCUCUUUCCAUCACCCCGCCACAUUCUCCCGCUUUCCAUCACCCCGCCCCAUUUUCUCUCUUUCCAUCACCCCGCCCCAUUCUCCCGCUUUCCAUCACCCCGCCCCAUUCUCCCUCUUUCUAUCACCCCUCCCCAUUCUCCCGCAUUCCAUCACCCCGCCCAAUUCUCCCUCUUUCUAUCACCCUACCCCAUUCUCCCGCUUUCCAUCCCCCCGCCCCGUUCUCCCGCUUUCCAUCACCCCGCCCCAUUCUCCCUCUUUCCCUCACCCCGCCCCAUUCUCCCGCUUUCCAUUACCCCGCCCCAUUCUCCCGCUUUCCAUCACCCCGCCCCAUUCUCCCGCUUUCCAUCACCCCGCCCCAUUCUCCCGCUUUCCAUCACCCCGCCCCAUUCUCCCACUUUCCAUCACCCCGCCCCAUUCUCCCUCUUUCUAUCACCCCUCCCCAUUCUCCCGCUUUCCAUCACCCCACCCAAUUCUCCCUCUCUCUAUCACCCCUCCCCAUUCUCCCUCUUCCUAUCACCCCGCCCAUUCUCCCGCUUUUCUUCACCCCGCCCCAUUUUCCCUCUUUCCAUCACCCCGCCCCAUUCUCCCUCUUUCCAUCACCCCGCCACAUUCUCCCGCUUUCCAUCACCCCUCCCCAUUCUCCCUCUUUCCAUCACCCCGCCCCAUUCUCCCACUUUCCGUCACCCCGCCCCAUUCUCCCGCUUUCCAACACCCUGCCCCAUUCUCCCGCUUUCCAUCACCCCGCCCCAUUCUCCCUCUUUCCAUCACCCCGCCCCAUUCUCCCGCUUUCCAUCACCCCGCCCCAUUCUCCCUCUUUCCAUCACCCCGCCUCAUUUUCCAUCUUUCCAUCACCCCGCCCCAUUCUCCCGCUUUCCAUCACCCCGCCCCAUUCUCCCUCUUUCUAUCACCCCUCCCCCUUCUCCCGCUUUCCAUCGCCGCGCCCAAUUCUCCCUCUUUCUAUCACCCCUCCCCAUUCUCUCUCUUUCUAUCACCCCGCCCCAUUCUCCCGCUUUCCAUCACCCCGCCCCAUUUUUCCUCUUUCCAUCACCCCGCCCCAUUCUCCCUCUUUCUAUCACCCCGCCACAUUCUCCCGCUUUCCAUCACCCCUCCCCAUUUUCCCUCUUUCCAUCACCCCGCCCCAUUCUCCCGCUUUCCAUCACCCCGCCCCAUUCUCCCUCUUUCUAUCACCCCUCCCCCUUCUCCCGCUUUCCAUCACCCCGCCCAAUUCCCCUCUUUCUAUCACCCCUCCCCAUUCUCCCUCUUUCUAUCACCCCGCCCCAUUCUCCCGCUUUCCAUCACCCCGCCCCAUUUUCCCUCUUUCCAUCACCCCGCCCCAUUCUCCCGCUUUCCAUCACCCCGCCACAUUGUCCCGCUUUCCAUCACCCCUCCCCAUUUUCCCUCUUUCCAUCACCUCGCCCCAUUCUCCCGCUUUCCAUCACCCCGCCCCAUUCUCCCUCUUUCCAUCACCCCGCCCCAUUCUCCCUCUUUCCAUCAGCCCUGCCCCAUUCUCCCUCUAUCCAUCACCUCGCCCAAUUCUCCCGCUUUUCAUCACCUCGUCCUAUUCUCCCGCUUUCCAUCAGUGCGCCCCAUUCUCCCUCUUUCUAUCACCCCGCCCCAUUCUCCCGCUUUCCAUAACCUUGUUCCAUUCUCCCGCUUUCCAUCACCCUGCCCAAUUCUCCCUCUUUCCAUCACCCCUCCCCAUUCUCCCUCUUUCCAUCACCCUGCCCCAUUCUCCCCCUUUCCAUCACCCCGCCCCAUUCUCCCUUUUUCCAUCAGCCCGCCCCAUUCUCCCGCUUUCCAUCACCCCGCCCCAUUCUCCCUCUUUCCAUCACCCUGCCCCAUUCUCCCCCUUUCCAUCACCCCACCCCAUUCUCCCUCUUUCCAUGACCCCGCCCCAUUCUCCCGCUUUCCUUCACCCCGCCCCAUUCUCCCGCUUUCCAUCACCCCGCCCAAUUCUCCCUCUUUCCAUCACCCUGCCCCAUUCUCCCCCUUUCCAUCACCCCGCCCCAUUUUCUCUCUUUCCAUCACCCCGCCCCAUUCUCCCGCUUUCCAUCACCCCGCCCCAUUCUCCCUCUUUCUAUCACCCCUCCCCAUUCUACCGCUUUCCAUCACCCCGCCCAAUUCUCCCUCUUUCUAUCACCCCUCCCUAUUCUCCCUUUUUCCAUCACCCCGCCGCAUUCUCCCGCUUUCCAUCACCCCCCCCCCCCAUUCUCCCUCUUUCCAUCACCCCGCCCCAUUCUCCCGCUUUCCAUGACCCCGCCCCAUUCUCCCGCUUUCCAUCACCCCGCCCCAUUCUCCCGCUUUCCAUCACCCCGCCCCAUUCUCCCUCUUUCUAUCACCCCUCCCCAUUGUCCCGCUUUCCAUCACCCCACCCAAAUCUCCCUCUUUCUAUCACCCCUCCCCAUUCACCCUCUUUCUAUCACCCCACCUCACUCUCCCGCUUUCCAUCACCCCGCCCCAUUUUCUCUCUUUCCAUCACCCUGCCCCAUUCUCCCACUUUCCAUCACCUCGCCACAUUCUCCUGCUUUCCAUCACCCCUCCCCAUUCUCCCUUUUUCCAUCACCCCGCCCCAUUCUCCCACUUUCCGUCACCCCGCCCCAUUCUCCUGCUUUCCAUCACCCCGCUCCAUUCUCCCUCUUUCCGUCACCCCGCCCCAUUCUCCCGCUUUCCAUCACCCCGCCCCAUUCUCCCUCUUUCCAUCACCCCGCUCCAUUCUCCCGCUUUCCAUCACCCCGCCCCAUUCUCCCGCUUUCCAUCACCCCGCUCUAUUCUCCCGCUUUCCAUCACCCCGCCCAACUCUCCCUCUUUCCAUCACCCCUCCCCAUUCUACCUCUUUCCAUCACCCCGCCCCCCACUCUCCCUCUUUCCAUCACCCCGCCCCAUUCUCCCGCUUUCCAUCACCCCGCCCCAUUCUCCCUCUUUCCAUCACCCCGCCCCAUUCUUCUGCUUUCCAUUACCCCGCCCCAUUUUCCCUCUUUCCAUCAGCUCGCCCCAUUCUCCUGCUUCCAUCACCCCGCCCCAUUCUCCCUCCUUCCAUCACCCCGCCUCAUUCUCCCUCCUUCCAUCACCCCGCCCCAUUCUCCCGCUUUCCAUCACCCCGCCCCAUUCUCCCGCUUUCCAUCACUUAG